AUGAGUCCCGCUGUAUUUCUAGAGAGAUAUAAGAAUGAAAGAACUGACAAAAAAUCAACGUCAUCUCGUCACCUUCUAACUGGCCGAGAUGUUCUGCUCGAUGGACGCACCGAUAAAGGUACUGCUUUCACAAUCGAAGAACGACAAGUAUUGCGUAUUCAUGGUCUUUUGCCACCGUCCAUUGCCACUCUUGAACUACAAGUUGAACGAUUUAUGGAAAAUUUACGCCAUAUGCCCGAUGAUUUAUCACGAUACAUUUCCUUACUUGCUCUACAAGAUCGAAACGAGACAUUGUUCUAUCGUGUAGUCAUGCAGCAUACUCAGGAGACUAUGCCUUUGAUCUAUACACCGACUGUUGGAUUGGCCUGUCAGAAGUAUGGUUUGAUAUUUGCAAAACCGAAAGGUGUGUUUUUAUCGAUUCAAGACAAAGGUCACAUUUACGAUACUCUAAUAAAUUGGCCUGAAAACGAUAUUCGAGCAAUUGUAGUUACUGAUGGCGAGCGUAUAUUAGGCUUGGGUGAUUUGGGUUGCCAUGGUAUGGGUAUUCCUGUAGGUAAAUUAAGUUUGUAUACAGCAUUGGCUGGUGUUCCACCUCAAUACUGUUUACCAAUGAUGCUCGACGUGGGCACAAAUAAUGAAACGCUCCUCAACGAUAGGUAUUAUUUGGGCUUGCGACGAAAACGUAUUACCGGCAAAGAAUACGAUGAUUUUAUUGAUGAAUUCAUGCAAGCAGUUACUCAACGGUUUGGACGUCAAUGCUUGAUUCAAUUCGAAGAUUUUGCGAAUCACAAUGCAUUUCGCUUUUUGGCAAAAUAUCGAGAUGGAUAUUGCACAUUCAAUGAUGAUAUUCAAGGUACAGCUAGUGUAGCUAUCGCUGGCAUUCUCAGUUCGAUUCGAAUCACCCAACGAAAAUUGGCUGACAAUAUAUUUGUCUUCUAUGGAGCCGGUGAAGCAUCUAUUGGUAUAUCGGACUUACUCAUGCUAGCCAUGGAACGUGAAGGAGUAUCGGCUGAAGAGGCUCGAAAGAGGAUCUACUUAGUCGAUUCAAAGGGACUGAUUGUCAAGAAUCGUCCAACGGGUGGAUUGAAUAAGGAAAAGAUGCGCUAUGCACACGAGCGAGAACCAAUUACUAAACUCACUGAUAUUAUUGAUGCAAUCAAACCAACAUUUCUCAUUGGUGCUGCUGGGCAAGGACCUUCAUUCACACGUGAGAUUCUUGAAAAGAUGGCGUCAUUCAACAAGCAUCCCGUCAUUUUUGCACUUUCGAAUCCCACAUCGAAAGCCGAAUGUACAGCUCAGGAAGCCUAUGAAGCUACCAAUGGUCAAUGUAUAUUCAUCUCAGGUUCACCAUUUCCAAAUGUCGAGUACCAAGGUAAAACCUAUGUGCCUGGUCAAGGUAACAAUUGUUACAUAUUUCCCGGUGUCGCUUUGGCUGUUGUGACCUGCCUUAUUCGACAUGUACCCGAAGAAAUAUUUUAUAUUGCUGCAAAAACUCUCUCAGAUCUAGUGACGCAAGAAGAUCUAGCUGUUGGCCUCAUGUAUCCAUCUAUUGAAAAGAUCCAUGAUGUAUCACGAAGUAUCGCUGUCAACAUUGCUGAAUAUGCUUAUGCUAAUAAUUUGGCUGCUCUCUAUCCUAAGCCCAACGAUUUGGAUGAAUUCAUUAAAUUACAUCAGUAUAUAGCCGAAUAUAAAGAAACAUUGCCACGAACAUGGAAUUGGCCAAAAGUCCAUGAAUUUUGA